UCUGAUGGCAUGGAUUGGCUGGGAUGCAGGUUAAUCAGAUUGGUACGGUGACCGAAGCCAUUGAAGUGGUCAAGAUGGCUAAGGAUGCCCAGUGGGGGGUUGUGAUAUCUCAAAGAAGUGGUGAAACUGAAGAGAGUUUUAUAGCUGAUUUAUCUGUUGGCUUAGCUACUGGUCAAAUUAAAGCAGGUGCUCCUUGCCGAGGAGAACGACUAGCAAAGUACAACCAGUUGCUUAGAAUUGAACAAGAGCUUGGUGAUCAAGCAUUUUAUAUUGGUGAAAAGUGGAGGACCUGAUCAUUUUUCGGCAGACUUAGAUUUGGACAUUCUUCCCAUUCUAUCUUAGUUGCAGCGCUACAGACUAGCGUCUUUUUGUUUGCAGCUAAACGGCUACCGUUUUGAACACUCUCCAUGAGCAGUGCUAUAGCUUUGCAGCUAAUGGUUAGACUGCGGGAUGAGAUUGUAUGUUCUAAUCUAGUGGUGUUAAAAUCUGAAUUUUCCUGUUUGUAGAGGCAUUUGUAAAAAGAAAUUGAGUUAAAGUGCAAUCGGAAAAAAUCUCAUGUUUUUUGCAACUGUA